GAGAGACAGAGAGUGAAAGAGAGAGAGAGAGACAGAGAGUGAAAGAGAGAGAGAGAGAGAGGGGUGAGAAUGACAUAUGGGCAGAGGGGGAGGCAGAGAACAUCUCCACACUUUGAGCACGUCUUCGUUCUAAGGAGCAACUUCUCAACGAAAAAUAAAUAUGUGCGUUUGUACAAUCUAAUCAAACUUAAUGUCUUUGUGAAAAUUUGGGACUUUAUUAUUUAAUUUUUUUCUGAGGAGUGUUUUAUAUGGUGUCAGACAGCUCUGACCUCAGACACUGACAGGCUGCAGUGGAGUGUGAGCGACCUGAAGAAGAAGGAGGAGGAGGAGGAGGAGGUGGGCCUUAAACACUGAGGAGAUGCAACAUGUGCGUUCUUAGAUCGCUUAAACUCUGAUGGAUUUUGCAUGACAGACAGACGAGCCACACUGGAUGUCAUAAUGUAUCUACUCUUUGAUAUCAAUCCACUCUUCGGGGGUCUGGGGCGUUUUGAAUGCUGAAAAGGAUUUUGACUCACAUCCUCAAAAUACACACAGACAGAUGGACUCAGUGAGAGCAGCCACUAGAGACUUCACAUUCACAACCUAGAAUCUGCUGCUCAGGAUAUUCUGUGAGAAGAAUCCACUCAAAAUCCGACCGCAACACCCACCCCGGGUCCACGCUGCACCCAAAGACGGUACUGCAGGAGAAGCCCUCCAUUAAAAACUGCAGGGACUGCAACAUUUCGGUCAUUGGCACCCUCUGAGACGUUGAAGUGAGGGAAUGAAUACAGGCUCACGUUUACUCAAAGCCGGAGACACAGCCAGAGACUGACGACUCGCUCAUUGACCCUGGCAAUGAUAACUGAAGGAUUUCAAGUUGGCCAAAACGAAAAUCUAUUGAGGAAGAGCAGCAAAAUAUUGCGUAUUCUGCAGGUAAGUGGAACAAAGGAGAAAGAAAUAAAGGCUGUCAAGGAAAAGACACGUUGUUUAGAAAAAGGUGUAAAGAGUUCUGUAGGAUGAGCUGCAUGUGGUACACAUGAGCACGUUACUGACUCUCACACACAAACAAAAGACACGCUGGAUCACUUGCUGGGCAGCUGGCACUAACGGGGAUUCACCACCAUGAUGGAGAAGAUGAACCCCACCAGCCCACCUGCCUCACCCCCCGCCCUACCUUGCCACUCCUCAUCCUCCUCAUCCUCCGCCUCAUCCUCCGCCUCAUCCUCCGCCUCCUCCCCAUCCUGCGCCUCCGUAGAGCAGCACAGUCCCCUCCACAACAAGACUUUGGCAUCCUCGGACGCCAUCAGCAGCCCGUGUCCCGCUAACAAGACAGGGCACAAGGGACACACCGAUGUCCCCUCUUCUGGCUCGAUUCAGUCCCCCAUUGCCACGACGACCGCGUUAACCGGUCACGACGCAGACUCAGCUGCUGCACCUGAGCCCAUCGUCAUGGAGACCAGGGAGGAGGAGGAGGAUAAGCGAGGAGGACCAAAGAGCACCUCAGUCCCUGCUGCCUCUGCCAAUGGGUCCCCAACUCUUUCCUCUCCACCUCCGCUCCUCCCGGCACCAGCCAGGACCUACGCGUGCCCUGUACCGCCUCCAACCUCCACCGCCUCCUUCCCUUCAUGCUCAUCAUCCUCUCCUCUUCCUCCACACAUUCCAGUCAUCAGCCUCGGUCACAGCAAACCUCCUCUCCCGCUCCCCAAUACCCUUUUGACUGCCCUCCACCCAAUACCCAACCUCCUACAUGGGCCCCACGGGGACUUUCGCCGCUGUCAGCGGACCUGUUUUCCCGGGGCCAGCCCUGGAGCUUCUGGAUCUUCUGGAGCUUCUGGAGCUUCUGGAGCUUCUGGAGCUUCUGGGGGCCCCUCAGCUCUCUCCCCAGGACCCCUGUUGCCUCAGCAGUACCUGUCUGCACACCCCUUCUUCACCAGUUCUUACCUGAGUCCCUCGGGAGGAAGCUAUGGCAUCAUCAGCAGCAGCCGCAUCAAGAGAAGACCCUCGUCACACUUUGACUUGGAGAUCAAUGACUGCCCUGCACACUCAGACAGUGAUUAUGUGUGUCUAACAGGCCCUCCUCAGAAAAUCGCUCGGCGUGUCUUCACCAACAGCCGCGAGCGCUGGCGACAGCAGAACGUGAACGGGGCUUUCUCUGAGCUGAGGAAACUCAUUCCCACGCAUCCACCCGACAAGAAGCUCAGCAAGAACGAGAUCCUCCGUCUGGCUGUCAAGUACAUCAACUUCCUGGUCACGCUGCUCAGUGACCAGGCACAGGACAAGACCAGGGACUCGGCUGAGGAGGAGGACGAGAGCACCGCGGCCGGGCUGGACAGUAACAAACAGAACCGUCUUUGUCAGUGCAACACUCCUCCUCCGUCCCACGCCGGCCCGCCAUCCUCAGCCCGUCCCGCGACAGUCCACAGAGACAGGGACUCGACUGACUCCGUCAUCGCUCUGGCUAACUCCCCGGCAACAUCCAGUUGCUAUGGCGACACGGACAGUGAGGAGAGCUUUGGGGCUAAGACCUCUUUGGUGACUCAUGGCAUUCUGGGAAAGGUCAGGGGUCAGAUAAGGAUGGUGGCAGCAACAAAUGACGAGCGGUGACACCAGAAGACGGCGAACAAAGAUGUGUAAAUGUCACGGUGACGAACAGGACACUAUCAUCGGCAGAUACCCCAAGUGUUUGAGGAACAAGUGUGAUUCUCUCUCCUAAACCUUCAAGUAGGGAAAGAAGUAGGGGGGGUCUGGAGACAUUUUUGUAGUUUUAACUGUCUCGAUGUCUUUUACAAGUGUAUCUGUGCUGUGGGGCAAGCUGAGAGGCACGAAACAUCACAGAACAUUCAAACAGACUCGAAAUGCGUUACAUCCAAAUAAGGUCACAAUGUUCCUUUGUCAAACAUUACAUGUCUAACAAUGUGGAUAAAUUAUGCAAAACAGGAACAGAACAGAAGAAAUACAGGUUCUUGAACUCUCCUCUGUAGACCCAUACAAAUACUAAAUCUCCCACAAGAGGGUUAGACACCAGUAUUGUUUUGUUAUGGUCUACAUGCGGCCUCAUAAAUGUAAAUAAUCUGCAUUGCCACAGUACAAUUAUGGUGACUGCUAUAGAAUACUCUGCAAAGUUUCCAGUUUUUAAUGUCGCUGUCAGAGAGGCGAGGCAGAUGGUACCACCCUCACAUUGUGACACACUUGUACCAGACAGAAAUAAAGUGCGUUUUAGUUUGC